AUGAUUGCGAAAGACGAGGUGAAUGGCUCGAACGUACCUGCCGAGUCGUCUACAUCCCAGCCCACCACUGUAAAUGGGCAUACAAAUGGAAACUCGAAUGGCAGCCUUGACGAGGUAGAGGAGAGCUCCGGCUCCCUGAAGAUCGUCAUUGUUGGAGCAGGCAUCGGGGGCUUGACUGCUGCGAUAGCCUUGAGAAAACAAGGCCACCAAGUGACACUGCUCGAGCAGUCCCGGUUUGCCCAGGAACUGGGCGCUGCUGUCCACCUGGCACCCAAUUGCAAUGGCAUUCUUCGACGGCUGGGCAUAAUGGCCGAGGAGUUUGGAGCGAACACCAUGGACUCGUUUUCCGAAUACAACGCCGACGGCUCACACGUCAGAUCCAUUCCGACCAUGCCCCAUCUGUGGCAACAUCCGUGGCACCUUGCUCACCGAGUCCGGCUACACACUGCUCUCAAGCAGAAGGCGACCUCCCCGGACGGACCUGGACGGCCAGCACAGCUGUUGACUUCCAGUCGGGUCGUGUCCAUCGACGUCUCCAAGGGUAUCGUCACGACGAAGGAUGGGACUCAGUACCGCGGAGACGUGGUAGUCGGAGCCGAUGGCGUCCACUCGAUUGCCCGUCUCUCCAUUCCCGGCUGGGACAAGACGACGUUCGACUCCGGCAAGAGCGCUUUUCGGUUCAUGAUUCCUCGAUCUGCGGCCGCAGAGAACCCGGUGACCAGCAAGUUCUGCAACAAGCCUGGCGAGUUGGUUGCCAUCUUUGCGCCCGACCGUCGCGUCGUGGUCUACCCGACCAACGACAACCAGGAGUUGAAUUUCGUGUGCAUCCACCCCAGCGCGUUGACUGGGGCCAACGACGACUGGAACAACGAGACGAGCAUCGAGAAGUUGCUGGACGUGUAUGGGGACUUCGAUCCGUCGGUUCGAGCGUUGCUGGCCAAGGCCAAUCCGGCCACCCUCAAGGUCUGGAACCUGCUGGACAUGGACAAAUUGCCCACGUUCGUCCAUGGCCGUUUGGCGUUGCUGGGAGACGCUGCCCAUCCCUUCCUGCCUCAUCAAGGCCAAGGCGCCGGCAUGGCCAUCGAGGACGCGGCGUCCCUCGCGGUCAUGCUCUCCGACGUCACAUCCGCCGCGACCGAGAUCCCCGACCGACUGCGGCUGUACAACGAGGCGAGGUACGAACGCGCACACGCGAUCCAGGAGUUCUCCCGCCUGGUGGGCCAGGACGAGAAAGAUCGUACCCAGCGCGUCGACAUGGUCCAGUACACCAACACCAACUUCGGGCACGACGAGUGGGACUCGUCGUCGCAGAAACUGCGGGAAUGGCAGUGGUCACGAAGCCCGGUCUACUGGCGCCAACCCAUCGCGUUCGGGCCGAUGCCUGGCCCUCGACAGACGUUCACGGGCGCGCCUCAGGACGGGCGAGCUUCGGUGACCACGACGGCGGCGAUCAAGUUCAAGACCUCGCGGACCCUCCUCGAGAAUCUCUUCCCUCCGGGCGAAAAGAGAAAAGGGCUGAAGUUCCAGAGCCCUGGCACGGUUGCGUAUGCAUCAAUAGCGACGACGACCCUGGACAAGAUGGACUGGCUGGGCGGCGGCGGGUACAACUUCUGGGGUCUCUUCAUCCACGGGAUCCAAUACACGCGCAAGGACGGCAGCGUCUUCAAGGGCAGCUACCUGCCCAUCCUGUUCGAGAACCUCACCGACCCCAUCGUCAGUGGCCGCGAGGAACUGGGCAUGCCCAAGCUCUUCUCCGACAUCGACGUGCACCGCCGAGGCGAUGAUGCCUACUACAUCACCAACAGUUGGAAGGGUGCCGUCUGGGCCAAUUGCCGACUUACGGGCCUGAAGGAGGUCGACCUUUCCAAGACUGGAGGUAGUGGUGGUAGUGUCUCCGGAGAGGCCGACGACGGCCAACUGGUGUAUCGGUACAUGCCCACCGUCGGCCGCGAGGGAAAGGGUCAUGCGGCCGAAGAGUACUUCGCCAUCGUGCCCACGGCGGAAGAACAGCCCGUGCCAAAAGUGCGCCGCUCCUUCGAGGCUUCUGAAGCGAGCCUCAAGAUCGACGGUCUCGACUGGAUCGCCCUGCCGACGCUCCACCACAUCGUCAGUCGUCUGGCCGAGCUUCCCGUGUACGAGGUGGUGGGAGCAAAAGUCACCGAGUCAGUGGGCGUGCCGGAUCUUGCGUCUUGUCGGAGGAUCGAGUGA